UUGUAGAACAUAAGAUAUACGUGUCUUUUAAUAUAUAUAGUCAUAUUAUAUUUUGAAUAAAAAAUUUCAAUCAUUUUUAUCGUUACUUAUAUUCCAAUGUUUUCAUUAAAAUUUUUCAAGUUUAUUUUUUUAUUAUUAUCAUUUAUUCUGUACGCAAAAACAAAAAGAAAUAUUUCACGACAAACAGUGGUUGAAUUUGAUGAGUUUUUAGUGCAUUCGGGAUGGACUAAAUCAAAUGAUAUGAAAUCAAUAAUAUUUCGCGAUAAAACAUAUUAUCUUAAAAAUCUGAUUGUAAUACCUACAGAUCGAUUUAAAUGUAAUAAAAAAAUACGAAUUUUGACUCUAUUUCUUGGAUGUAUAUACGGAAAAGUUAUGAAUAUACUUUUUUGUAUUAUUAGCAACAUUCUACAAUAUUGUAAAAAAAAAUUGUUUGAAGAAAAAGACUUAAUAAAUGGAAGAAUUUGCACAGAAGAACUCAUAAUCAUUAUAACCAAAUUAAUUAUUCCUGUGACAACAUUGAUGAAAGGAGCCAUUGAUGCUUUAGAUUUAUUACAUACUAUUCCAUUGGCAUCUAUUUUUGACAACUAUCACAUAAGCUCUUUAUUAGGGAAUAUAGGAAAUAUUCUUGACAAAUUAAAAGUACGAGAUUUAUCACGUAACAAUAUAAAUACAUACUCUUGGACAAUAAAUACUAUAGACAUAUUUUUUAAAAGUAUAAUAGUCGAUGUGCACUAUGAAACAUCGGCUUAUUGUACAUUUGUACCUUAUGAUGCGAAUUAUUUAUGGAAUGAAUGCUCUCGAGAGUAUAAAGCCAUUAAGGAUCAAGGUCAAAAAUUACGGUUUUUCAAAUUCAUAACUAGUAAAAUUAAGGGUUAUAUUAGAACAGUAAUUAUAGAAAAGUAUAUGGAAUUCGGAUUUAAAUUUGAUCCAAUUACCGAAGAAACUUUUAUAACAACACGAAAGGGACCAAUUAAAAUAGAUUUGGAAUUAAAAGCAAUAGAUGACGAGCCUCUAACGCCAAUAUUAUAAAUAUUCAUUAAAUGUUGUAGUUAAAUUAAUUUUGUUCUACAUUAAUGUUUUAUUACCAGAAUUUACAUAAUUAUUUUUCAAGUAUUAUUAUGGUUAUUAAAAAAUAACAAUGAUUGGUGAAUUAUACAAUUAUUUAUUGGUUGUCUCACGGAAAAUUUUAAUAAAUACGAUAUUUAUAUUCAUAAUUAUAAAAAUUUAACAUAAGAACUGAAAGUAACGCGCAGAUAUUUUUACCACUAAACAUUUCUCAGCAUCACUCCUCCCACCUAGGUAUAACAAUGUUAAAAACUUCUGAUAUAUUGGUCCAAAAGUUGUUAUUAAACCAGUCAUUUUCAUUAUUAAAUCAUUAUCUAAUAAAUAAAUUAGUUAAUUAUGUAUAUUGUUAUUUUAUAAAAUAAAAAUGACACCCUUAUAAGGAAUGCACAUAAAAAAUACUUCAUAAUUAAUAAAUAAAACAAAAUUUAGUACUAAAAAAUCAAGCAGAGUGAGAAAUUCGCAUAAAAAUCGCCUGCUUUUUAUGUGAAAUCCUCGAAACAAUACAAAUCUGAUAACAGUUUUAGAAGAAAUUAAAUACAAAUUUUUAUUAUGCUUAAGUGAUCUUUUUUAAACCCUUUUUGUACUUAGGUUUUUCAUUGGAUUAUCAUAAAAGCAUACCUAAUGAGAGAAUAUUUUAUCUAGAAUACUCUAUUAAAAUUUCCUAAAAUCAGUGUUUUUAAAAAAAGUUAUGGCAGUUUUAAAACGUAGAAUAUUUUUUUGGAGAAUGUCGUUUUUUACAGUUGCGUAAUUUUAAAUAAUAUUUGACAAAUAUCUAAAUUUAAGGUAUUUUUUAGCUUCGAUGCGAAGCUGAGAAGAUAUUAGUUUUACUAUAAUGUCUUUUUUUUGUGUCUGUUACCACUUUUUUUCAGCUCUCACCGAACUGAUUUCUUACAAUAAUUCAUCAAAAGAUCACAAAUCGUAUUUAGUUGAAGACGUUACCCUCAAAAAUUGAAAAUAUUUCCCUCGUUCUCCGUAAAUGGAAGAAACCUCUAAAAAAAUUACAAAUUGAAAAUGGCUAAUUUUCGAAAUUUUUUCAAUUUUUUUUACUUAAAACUGCCAUAACUUAUUCAAAAAUAAAUAAAUCAAUAUAAUUUUUUUUAUAUAGAUGCUUGAUAUCUUUACCUAUCAUUUGGUAUAUUUUUUUUAUAAAUCUGACCUUUACCUGCCCAUAGACGGGGAUAUAAAAUGACAACUUUUUCACAAAAAUUAACUUUUGAAAGUGUUCCGGAAAGUCUGACACUUUUAUAUAUAUCUUAAAUUAUAGCUAAUGUAAUUUACUUAAUUAUACGAAAAAAAAAU